CUGGGAGGCAGUCUGCCCUCCUGCCUCAUCGGCUCCAUCCACCAGGUGAACCAGAAGAUGGCUGAGAUAGACCUCAGCCGCCAGCUGUUGGACAGCAGCCUGACACGAGCCAAAGGAAACCACAGGCUCCUUGCGGCCCGGAGUCCAGGAGCGUCAAGUCGUCCACUAUUAAAAGGAAAACAGCAGAUAAAAACCUGCUGGCAGAGCUGUACCAGUGCACCCAGUUUGACGUCUCCAGGCCAAAUGAACUGCCCAACGGCGUGGGGUUCUGUGACAUGGUGGACAACGUGGUCCAGUCCGAGAGGAGCACCCUCAGUGGCAAGUCUUUCUGUUCACAGAGGGAACUGGAGAAGUAUCUCUCCUCUCCCUCUCUGAGGGCCAUAUGGCUGGAUAGCUUCUGGUGGAUCUUUCACGAGAGGUUCCAGCCAAACAGAGAGGUCCAGAACAAGCUGUUCGACCGGAUAGCACAGCACUACGCCUCUCUCUUGUUCCACGGGUCCAGGUCCCACUACGAAGAGGCUGUCUUAAAGAGGUUGCCAUCACUGCUGAGCAAGGGCCUGUACACCAGCUUCUGUUGCUGCUUCCCGCAGUCCUGGUUCAACUCGCACGAGUUCAAGUCCGACGUCUGUAACACCAUGAGCCUGUGGAUCGCAGGUAUAUAUCCUUGCUCACAGAGCUAUGACAGUUGGGACUACUCAAAACUGGAUCCAGAGAGAUUCUUGAGAGAAGAAUUAAUGUUGCAUAGAAGAAGAUGGAUAAAGAGACGAGAGCGAUCCUUACUCACUUCUAAGACAUCCUCUUUUCAGAAGACUGCCCAGAGCAAGAAAGUCCCCGGUCUUCAGUCUACUAGUGCGAUUUCAAACAGCGAGAAAGACUCUGUAUCCAAGAAGACUUCGGAGGACACCUCCGUAGUACAGAAUACCAUGAAAGAGCCUUUGGGUCAGACUCGGGUCUCGAGGAAAGCUACACGGCAAGUCAUAAGGAUAUCAGAAGCCAGACUAUAUGAGACUUUGCGUCCUAAGGAGUCCCACCCUGCCUGCAAAAACCCUGAGCUGACUUCCAGCCUCUUCAACAUUUACGGGAAGAGCCCUCUGAUCGUGUACUUCCUCCUGAACUACGUCACUCUGCGGCACAGCGGCCAAGACGUGCUGAUAACCCGGAAGGAGAAAAGCAAGAGCAUCCCUGAGUCCAGCCUGACCUAUGCUGACGUCAUCAGCAUGACCCUGUGCAACAUGGAGAAGCGAAAGGACGCCCUGCGGCAGCUGAGCCUUCUCUACUGGAGCGAGUGGACCUACUUCGAUGAGUACCUGAGGGACCUGCAGGACACCUUCCGCAGGGAGCUGAAGGACGUGGACCACAGAGAGGCGGAGAAGAAGAAGGCCAACCACAGGUUCAUCCAGCCGUCCCCCCUCAACGAGGGGCUGAAAAAGAAGUCUCGAGGGAGCAUCCAGAGGGAGACCGCGUUCCUUCUAAGAAAGGAGAAGGCAGAGAGAGAGAGACAGGAGUUGAACUACCCUUGCAUCCUACUUCCAAGUUCAAGCCUGGAUGACCUCUCUUCCCUGGAAAUAGAAAGCUCCAGCAGUAUGUCUGAUAUUUCCGAUUUCAGGUAGGCAGCACAACGCCAGGAGAAAAAGAAAAUUGCGGCCAAUGACUGAAAAAUAAAAAUAACGAUUCCCAGGAUAGAGGAGAGAGCUCAUUAUGUUAAUAAUUUUUCCUAGGCUGAGUGAAAAACAGGAGUAGGGAGUUUUUUGCAUGGGUGACAACAUUUAUUUAUGCACUUACUGUUUCACCUAUUAUUUUAUUUAAAAUGUUAUCACUAAGAAUAUUCAAUUAUAACAAUAAUAAUGGUUAUCAUUUAUUAACUGGUUACUCUGUGCCAACAACCAUUAAGCUAAACACUUUAGGAACAUGACCUCAUUAUAACCUUUAUUUAUUAUUUUUUUAAAGAUUUUAUUUAUUUAUUUCUAGAGAGAGGGAAA